AUGGAUGGAAUUAGUAAGAUAUUACUCAACGCUGAAGAAAGCAUUUCUCCUGAGAAGCCAGUCUCUUUACCUGGGGCAGCAAAGCAGCGUGAACUUGGUGGAACAUUGCAAAAUGAACCAGGCACAAAUAGCAAGAAACUGAUGUCAAGUUCCAAGACCAAGGAGAUUGGCGGAAAUGAUAUAUUUGAUACUCCUCGUGAAACUACGCCCCGUUCAUUGGCUGCUGCAAAAUCUAACACUGCGGGUACCCGAAGUAGUAUACUUAGUGAAGAAUCAGUUCAGAAGAACUCAAAGAAAAUGCAUGGUCAGAAGUUUGCAAUACUGCUGCAAUAG